UGAGAUUACACAUAAUAAACAGCUGUGCUUUUUAGCGACAAACAAGAAUUUAGUUUUAUUAAAUAUAGUAAUUGGAUUUAAUAGCUAUCUGGCUAGUUAUCUGAUUUCUCGACAUUUUAGUGUUUUCUGCGUGCAAGAAAUAUGGAAGGAGACGCGCUAGAGCACCAGGACACGUCCAUACCCGGCAUUUUUGUAGAGAGAACUCUGGCUUUGAUCAAACCCGACGCUAUAGAUAAAGCUGAUGAAAUCGAGGAUAUAAUCCUUCGGUCAGGAUUCACCAUAUUGCAGAAACGUAAGCUUCAGCUGAGCCCAGAGCAGUGCAGUGACUUCUACGCUGAACAUUACGGACAGCCGUUAUUUCCGAGUUUGACGGCGUUCAUGAGCUCUGGCCCAGUCAUGGCUCUUGCAUUGGCGAGGCAUCGGGCCAUCGCUACCUGGAAAGGUCUGAUGGGACCAAGCAACAGCACCCAGGCCAGAGAGACAUAUCCUGACUGCCUGAGAGCUAGAUUUGGGACGUCUGACUUGAGGAAUGCUGUUCACGGCAGCGAGACGUUUUCGGCAGCCGUAAGGGAGCUCAAGUUCAUGUUUCCCAACUGUGUAAUUGAACCUGUUCCUAAGCGCCAAGCUGCCACAGAUUACCUGAGCAGGUAUAUAAAUCCAACACUCAUCACCGGCCUUACUGAGCUGUGCAAGGCAAAACCAGCUGAUCCGUUCACAUGGAUGGCUGACUGGCUGAUUCAAAACAAUCCAAAUAAACCAAAAAUAAGUGGGGAUUGUAGUUGAAGAUGCAGCUUUGAACAUAAUAAAAAAUGACUAUGGGUUUUCUGACAGACAUCUUUUUUUAUGUAAUACUGAAAAUGAUUUGCAUUAAAGUUGAACUGUUUUGAGACGUUA